AUGGUGACCGACCAUUUCGCAAGUGAUUGGCAAUGUACACGAAUUAGAGGAACCUGUAAAGAUUAUACGCAAAACACCUGUAUAGCUGGAUAUUUGACAGGAAAAUGCAGUGGUAACAACGACAGAAGAUGCUGCAAAGCAUGCAGCCAUAGCUGUGAAUCAAACGAAUCAUCAUACUCAUCGCGUGAUGGUACAUGCGACACGGCGAGAGGAAAAUGUCAACACAACUCAAACUACUGUGAGUUUCCGUACCAAAGUGGUAAAUGUGGUGGCCCAAGUGCAAGGCAAUGCUGUGUUGGAUGGAAUAUCCAUGAUAUGGAAACAACAGGUGCAUCUGCUAAAACUGCUGAACAAGAUGGACUAAGCCACGGAGUUGAAGCAUCGAAACAAAUGGCAAAAACGGAUGCGAGUGCAAUGGCCAAAUAUAAAUCGAAGAUUCUCGUUGCUGCAAAGAGAUAUCGUGUACAAGCGGCAGUUAUUGCAGGUAUAAUCAGUCGAGAAACAAGAGCUGGCAAAGUUUUGGGAUCAAAUGGUUUUGGAUUUGAUGGCAGUGGAUUUGGUCUCAUGCAGGUUGACAAAAGAUUCCACAGACUACAAGGUGGCGCAUUUAGUCAAACUCACAUUAAUCAAGGCACAAAAAUUCUCAUCGAUAUGAUCAAUGGUGUAAAGAAUAAGCAUCCUUCUUGGAGCCAAGACAUGGCCCUGAAAGGUGGAAUCAGUGCCUACAACGCAGGCGUUUCGAAUGUCGAUUCGUACAAUAACAUGGACGUCGGCACCACUGGAAAUGAUUAUGCAAACGAUGUAGUUGCUAGAUCCCAAUGGUACGCUAAUAAUGGCUACUGAUGGAUAAUGUUGCGGAUCACUAAUAAUUUUGUUUAAUUUUAACAAUUUGAUGUUCAGUUAAUUUCGCAUAAAGAUUAAACUUUUGAGCGUUUA